UGUUUGACUUUUUUACCCCUCUUGAAGAAACAAGCCCUUUAUUGGUAUUGGUACUAGUAAUAAAUAAGAACAAAAGUGAAGUGAUUGAUUAUCCAAUCCAAUCCAUGUUUUUGUUUCUACUCCUACUCCUUGUUGAAUGUUAAUAUGUAACAAUGUCAUCAUCCGACGACAACUGCAAUUCUCGGCACUUCUCAUGGCUAAUGAAAUCAUGUUUCCCGGACACACGACCAGAUCCAUCCCUUCAUUUCUCUCCGCCACCGCCAACCACCACCACAAUAUCCUCUCUCCCAAACGACGUCCUUCUUGAGAUUCUUUCCUGUGUCGAUCAAUCAUCCCUACCCUCAAUUUCCUCUGUCUGCCGUCGCUGGUCGGACUUAAUCCAAUCCUCCCAAUUCUACCACCUCCGCCGCUGCCGCCGCCUUCUCCAUUUAGCCGUAUUUGUCGUCUCCUUUUCCGAUUCCGGCUUGUUUGCCGCCAAUUAUAAACUAGGACAUGAUAGUCGCUGGAAGACAACUACUUUAAAGUUUAAUAACUACGACGACGACGUCGUUUCACCCGUGAUGUCUUCACACGCUCGCCUCGCGGCGAUUGGCCACUGGAUCUACAUUAUCGGUAAAACGACGGUGCUCCGGUGUGACGCGUGGACCGGGUCGGUCACACCCAGAUCCAAAAUGUCCGUCAUGAGGAAGAAAUUCGCGCUUGCGGUUGUUGCCGGAAAAAUCUACGCUGCGGGCGGAUCUACACGCUCGGCGGCAGUUGAGGAGUACGACCCGAAAACGAACUCCUGGAGAGUGGUGUCCCACGCGCCGAGGAUGCGGUAUGGCUGCAUUGGUGCGGCUGUAGAUGGGGUGUUGUACGUGAUUGGUGGAUUAAAAGUAGGCGGCACGCCUCACAAUAUCCCACGCGCCUCUACGGGGAGUGGCGCGCACGUGUACGCUAGCUCCAUGGACUUGUAUGACGUAGAGGCCCGUAGGUGGCUGAGGAGCCGUGCAGUCCCUGGCGGAGGAUGCAUGGUGGCCGCAUGCUCCGCGGGGGAUUAUAUUUACAUUCUCGCUAGCCACGCGGUUGAGCUUUCGUUUUGGAGGUUUAACGGAAGCCGCGGCGUGGGGUUUGGAGAGUGGCGUAGGUUGAAGAGUCCGCCGCUGCCGAUGCAAAUUCGGCUGGAUGGGACGGUGAGGUUUGGUUGUGUAGGGGUGGGGGAGAUGGUUGUGUUGAUACAAAUAAUGGGUUGUAUUGAUGAUUUGUUGAGGAGGAGUGGGCGGAGCACUAGAGGUGUUAAAGAAGCGUUGGUGUUGGUUUAUGAUUCCGGCGAGGAAGAGUGGAGCAGGGCGGCGGAUCUGCCGGACGUGGUUAGACGCGCCGCCUGUGUUUGUGUGGAGUGGUAAGCACGAGGAAACAGUGGUUGCGUAGUGUUGAAGUUUGUAAGGGAAUCUUUUUGACAAAUUUGUCCAUGCUAGUUGCAAGGGAGACUUUAUGUAAUCUGGGUUUCAUAAAUGAAUAUUAAACCAAAUAACAUCAAAUUAUAAGAUGCUAUUGCGCCAGGGAACUUUGUGGUUUUUCGUUUUUUUAUUCGAUUUGUAUGAAACGUGUUGUUUGUAUUUUUAAUGUGAACUAUGAUGAGCGAUUUGUUAGGGUUACCGAGAUGACGGAGGUGGGGAAAUUGUUGUCGGCGUAGCGGUGAUGAAUCAUUGUUUUGAUACACACAUGACACAUCCUUUUCUUCA